UGCACCGAUGCCUGCAUAGAUGUGGUAUUACACGUGUUUUUAUUGCAACAUUGUGCCUGAAAAGCAGCGAAAUUUUUGGAGAGAUGGGCUCUUUUUCUAAAUAGCAUAUAGAAGGAUUUCUGGAAUCGGCUCAACUUGUAUAGUCUGUUCGGGAUGACGCGUGAUUCGGGUCGAAAAAAACAGGAUCGUCGAAGAAGUAGCAUCAAACUUCCUAAGGGCGCUUACACUUUGGAUAAACGGCUUGUUCCACGAGUGAAAGAGUAUCUGAACCAGUUUAGAAAAGGACACCAACCAGACAUCGAAGAACUGGUGAACCAUUUACAGACAAGAUAUAAUGAAUAUUCAAGAAGAAAAAGAAGAGCUUUUAAGCAAUCUGUGGAGAAAGUUUGUGACGCAAUUGCUAAGGAGCAAGAGGAAGAUGAACACCUUCAGCACUUGGAAGAAAGGUUUCUUCAAAAGAGAAAAAACUCACCUGACCUCAGGAAUAUUAUAGAUGAUGAUGAUGAUGGAGAACAGGGAAGUAUUAAUGACAGUCAAGAUGGAUCUAGUGAUAGUGAGUUCUCCUUAGGAGAUGAACCACUUAUGGAGGUGCAUGAUACAAACAUGAUGAAUCAAUCCAUGCAAUCAAUGUACAAAGCCACAAGUUCAGGUCAAAACUCUGAGGAUGAAGGAGAGCAUGAUCAGAUAACAGACCUUUCCAAAGCAAAUGAAAUGAUGCAAGAUACAGUUGUUCCAGGUAGUAAAAAUAUGCAUGGACAUGAAGAAAAGUCAAGCAAUGAAAUAAGCACCUCAGAUAUCAAUCAAACCAUGAUGAAAGAUAUCAAUCUCUCAUCUAAUAAAAUGACAGAUGUAAAUGGGAAGAGGAAAAGAAGCCCCCUUAAAGAUGAGAAGGAAACAGGGACAACACCCAAGAAAAGCAGGAGAAGUUUACAGAGGAAUGGUAAAGAAAAACCUGCGAAAGACCCUGAAUUUGAGCUCACCCAAUCAUCAGUAAAAUUCUCAGACAUUGGGGGUUGUGAUGACACUGUGGAUCAAGUUUGUAAACUGCUGGUUCACAUGAAGCAUCCUGAAGUGUUCCGUACACUUGGAGUGACCCCGCCCAGAGGGUUCCUCCUUCAUGGUCCUCCAGGGUGUGGCAAGACCUUACUAGCUCAUGCUAUUGCAGGGGAGUUGGAAAUGCCUUUCAUCAAACUGGCUGCCACAGAAAUUGUGUCAGGAGUGUCAGGAGAAUCAGAAGAGAAAGUCAGAGAGUUAUUUUCACGAGCUGUGGCCCAUUCUCCGUGUGUGUUAUUUCUGGAUGAAAUAGACUCUAUUACACCCAAAAGAGAAACAGCUUCCAAAGACAUGGAACGAAGAAUUGUGUCACAGCUUUUGACUUGCAUGGAUGACUUGAACAGCAACUCAGAUGUUCAAGUAAUGGUUAUAGGAGCAACCAACAGGCCGGAUUCGCUUGAUCCUGCACUGCGUCGUGCUGGUCGGUUUGACAGGGAAAUCUCUAUGGGCAUACCUGAUGAAAAUGCAAGAGAAAGGAUUUUGAGAGUUCUUUGCCAGAAGUUGAGGCUAGAGGAAAAUUUUUGUUUUUCUGUGCUGGCUCGUCUUACUCCAGGAUUUGUUGGUGCAGAUCUUAUGUCACUUGCAAGAGAAGCAGCCUUGAUAGCAGUUAACAGGAUAUUUCAAGAACUUGAAAGGAACGCUGAAAGCAAGCGUGAAAAAAAUGAGACAAUGGCGACCACUGAACAACAGAAAGAGUCUGACGGGUUACAGGAUACAAGGGAAUCCUCUGAUACUGUUCCUAGGUCAUUCAGUGUGACUGAAUGGCUAAAAGAGCAAUCACCGCUGACAGAGAAUGAGUUAGAGAAGCUUUGUAUUAACAUGGAUGAUUUCAAGACAGCCUUGUCUCAAGUCCAGCCUUCAGCAAAGAGAGAAGGAUUUGCCACCAUACCUGGUGUGACAUGGGAAGAUGUUGGAGCACUCAAAGAUGUCAGAGAGGAGCUUACUAUGGCUAUUCUGGCUCCAGUGAAAUAUCCAGGAGAAUUCCAAGCGCUCGGUCUCACUCAACCCCCGGGGAUUCUACUGGCUGGACCACCAGGCUGUGGUAAAACUCUUCUAGCAAAGGCGAUAGCAAAUGAGUCCGGCAUCAAUUUUAUCUCCGUCAAAGGACCAGAACUUCUUAACAUGUAUGUAGGUGAAAGUGAGCGAGCCGUUAGACAAGUGUUCCAAAGAGCUAGGAAUUCUUCGCCGUGUGUAAUCUUCUUCGAUGAACUGGAUGCACUCUGCCCUAGGAGAUCCGACAGUGCAGAGUCGAGUGUAAACGUACGAGUCGUCAAUCAGCUGCUGACUGAGAUGGAUGGUCUGGAGGCCAGGAAACAAGUAUUCAUCAUGGGAGCUACAAACCGACCAGAUAUCAUCGACCCGGCUGUGCUGAGACCGGGACGACUUGAUAAAGUUCUGUAUGUUGGUCUUCCGGACACAGACGACAGAGAAGACAUCCUCAGAACACUCACCAAGGAUGGGAAGAAACCAUUGCUUCUGCCUGAUGUUAGUGUCCGAGAUCUUGCACAGGAUGAAAGAUGCGAAGGCCUUUCGGGAGCUGAUUUAGCGGCAUUGGUGCGCGAAGCUUGUAUGGUAGCUCUACGAGAACGAAUCCACGUGCACUCCACUGGUCACGAGUCCAUUGAGAAUCAACCUCCCCCAGAACAAAGCCCCCUAGGGGUGGGUAAGAGGCAUUUUUUGGCGGCCUUUCAGAAAGUGAAGCCGUCAGUGAGCAAGAAGGAUCAAGCUUUGUACGGAAAAAUGAGGACAUUGCCAACGACCGGACAACUGGUCUGAAAGCGCCAAUAAGGGGAGACUGGGAAAUAUUCUGAGAAAUCUGACAUCAUUUGAUUUAAUAUAAUAUACAAUUGAAUUUGAAAAGUGACUCAAGAAAAAUAAAGAUUACUCGAGAACUCCUUAGUUCUCAAGUUGUAUUUAUGCUU